GAUUUGCUUUGGAUUAGCAAUCAGAAGUUAAGUUUAUCUGAUGGAAACAAAAUCUGAAAAGAGAAGAUUGUGAGUCCCAUGAUGUAAGACAGUGUUUGGGUGAUUCCGUUUCCAUUGGUACUAAGCUAUAUCUGAGCAUAGAAUGGAAUUAAGAACUUCAUGAAAGAAGAACUGCUGUCUAGAGGGUUGAUGUCAGAUAGCCUGUGUCCUCACUGACAGUGGCUAUCCAUUCUGCCAACUCUGGUGGAAGAUUACACUUCUCAAAGUGAGUUCUUCAAUCCUGGAUCUUAAUAAUUAGAGUCUGCUUUAUUAAAUUAAAGGUUUCUGAAGUUCCUGAUAAAGAUGUCCUGUUUCAUAAAAUGUAUUUUAAUUGUAAUUUUGUUUUUACUGCCAGACUUCAUCCAGCCAAGAAGACUCAGAAGGUAGUGAGUAUGCUUUGGUAGUCAGAUUGUUUUUAUAUCUUAGGGAUUACUUUUUCACAGUUUCAGAAAGACAGGUUAAACACAUUGAUUAUUCCAAAUUAGAUUUAUUGGGAGGAUUUACAAUUUAGAAUUUAGAAGGAAUAAAGGCAGUUUUCAGUAGAAGAAUGGAAAAACUUUUCCCCUCAAACAUGCAUUAUUUACAAAAUGGAUUUGCAGAUUCUCAGUAUUGUCAGAACAAUAAUAUUGUGAAACAGUCAUUCCCAUGGGAAACCUCUAGAUCCAAUGUACAAUGAGAGGUUAGUUCUGGCUGUGAAUGAGAACAGUUCAGAGGCCCAAGCACAAAGCCAUUAGCUCCACUGCAGGCCUGAUUGUUAAUUAAGGGCCACCAUAACCUAUGAGAGGCAAAGAGUCUGUCCACUGGCUGUCUGUCCUUCUACUCCUUCUGUCUGGGUUUUGAAUCUCAGCUCUUUUCAUACAGAAGUAAACCCUCUUACCCACCCCUGGCCAGCCUCAGCCUCUCUGGGAAGAGUCCCUCAAGGUUUACACACAGAGGAUCUGUGUUUGGGUCUGUUCCUCCUCUCCUGAGGGAAGUGUGUGGAGGUUGCUGACGGCAUGUGGGAGGGAAGCCACUCUCACUGCUUGCCUACACUUCUCUGCCCAGGUAUGUUUAAGUCUUUUGACCUCCGUACGAUAAUUAUGUUCGCCAUUGGUAGCGGGAUCCUGGCGGCCAUGCUCAUGCUGAUAGGACUGGUCCUCUGUCUUUACGUCAAACUCUUCAAGGCACUGAAAGCUGCAAAGGAAUGCUGUUCAAACAAGUUCCAGAGUAAGGGAAACCCACCUAAAGGCAUCACCGAGACUUCUCCUGCCCUCCAGUGCUGUGAUGAAUGUAGCAUGUAUACAGAUUAUGAUUCCCUGCCACCUUGCCUUUGUGGCACAAAUGAGGGACUCUGACAUGGGAAUGGUGGACAUAAAAAUCUUGAGCAAUAUUUCUUUCUUAGUGGAAUGUUUUAUUAUUCAAGUUCUAUAGUGUUUACAUUA